UUUCCUCUCCACCCUCUACCCCGCUUGUCCCUCCUUCCUGCUCCUCGCCGCUACCACCGUCGCCUCUCUAAAUCUCAGAGGGCAAGCUAGAUGGAGGUCGGCGUGUGGAUGGUGUGUGUGCUUUUCACGUUGGCGCUAGGAUGGACGGAAGCGCAAAGUCAGACCAACUACACCAGGCCCGUCUUCAAGUGCGGCGGGCAUCUGGUCGUCGAUUCGGGAAUCGUGGCCAGCGAAGGCUUCCCCAGUCCUUACAAAGCUAACAGUAAAUGCACCUGGUACAUCACCGUUCCAGAAGGUCACGUGGUCAUGCUGUCCUUCCGCCUAUUCGACAUGGAGGCCGAGCCCACAUGUCGCUACGACUACUUGGACGUCUACAACGGCCACACGCGCUUGGUACAGAAACUGGGCCGCUUCUGCGGGACUUUCCGGCCCGGAGCGCUCAUUUCCACCUCCAACACCAUGAUGCUGGAUAUGGUGUCGGACGAAGCCACGGGAGGGAGGGGCUUUCUGGCCUACUUCCGGGCGGGGAAGCCACAUGUGGAAGAGAAUCAAUUCUGCGGCGGGCGGUUGACCAAAGCCCAGGGAUCCAUCCAGACGCCCAACUGGCCCAACUCCAACUACCCAGCGGGCAUCAGCUGCUCCUGGUACAUCUCGGUCGAGCCGAGCAACGUGAUCGAGCUGAAGUUUGAGAAGCUGGACCUGGAACCGGACACGUACUGUCGCUAUGACUACGUGGCUCUGUUCAACGGGGGAGAGAGAGACGAUUCCAGGAGAAUUGGCAAGUUCUGUGGCGACAAGGUACCGGGGGGUAUCGUGACCAAUGGGAAUCAGCUCCUUGUCCAGUUUGUCUCCGACCUGAGCGUGACCUCAGAUGGCUUCAUGGCCUACUAUAACAGCGUGCCCCGGGGUUCUCGGAGUCCCACCGCCGGGGGAGACUUUAUCCAUCGAUCCGAGAUCCCCACCACAACGCGGCAACCGUCCGUAAAGCCAAAGAAGCCCGUCAAAGCGACGGCCAAACCCGUCAAACCCACAACUAAACCCGUCAAAACCACACCCAAACCUAAACCUAAAGCCACCCCGAAACCCGCCAAAAAACCAGCCGUGAAGAUCCCGAUAAAGCCUCCGGCGCGUAAACCGACGGCCAAACCCAAAACAGCUAAACCCACCCCCAAAGCGCCAGUGAAAAAGCCACCACCCAAACCCAAAACAAAGCCUUCAUCCAAACCCAAAGUCGUUAAAGUCGACAAACCGACACGCAAGCCCGCACCAAAGACCAAACCCACUCCCAAAGCAGCAAUCAAACCAGUGAAACCCACCCCUAAAACUAAACCCAUCGUCAAACCUACGCCCAAACCUAAAGUGAUGCCCAAGCCUAAAGUGAUGCCCAAACCUAAAGUGACGCCAAAACCCGGAGUGAGCAAGGUGGUUCCAAAGAAGCCGGCAGUAAACAAGAAACCUUUGCCACUGAACCCUGUGUGCACCCAAGCCUGCAAGAAAACAGGAACUCUCCUGACCAGCUUCUGCCCCAACGACUUCGUGGUUACAGGAAAAAUUACAGAUGUGAUCGCUGGUCCGAGAGGUUCCGCCACGGUGGAAGUGUCUGUCAUCAAAACCUAUAAGGCAGGAAAACUGAAGAUCAACAAAGCAAGACCGGCCGUCACUGUCAAACUCAUCUCGACGUGCAAGAGAUGUCCGGGCCUGAACAAAGGCCAAAAGUACGUGCUGAUGGGAAAAGUAGAUCCCCAGGGAAAAGGACUCCUGACCCCGUCCAGCUUCACCCUCUUCUACAGGCCGGUGCACGACAAAGCUCUCGCCCUCCUGGCGGCCAAAGGCUGCUGACGUCUGACAUCACAACCAAGUCAGCCAAUCAGGGGGGAGAGGGGCGGGGCACCACAAACAAAUAUAUUGUAAUACCCACUAAGAUUCCUACUGCUCUACAAUAGCAGUAUAAUGUUAUGUAAUUUAUGUUUUAAAAAAAAAAAAGGGUGUGAUGCUGUUGUCCGGGUCAAAGGGGCAAUUAAGUGCUUAAUUUUGAUUUGAGCAAAUUCCUCCAUGAAGCAACAUGCAAGACGGCUUGCACAGAAAAAAUUCCGGAAUUAUUUCCUGUACACGGUCAAUUCACCAUUCAGUGCGUCUUUUAUUUAACAAUAACAUGGUGACAUAACCUCAGAUGUCAUACUUGAAGAUUGUCAUCGUUAAAAUGCUAAUUAAAUUGUCCUCGUUUAAAGCUG